AUGGCUACCAUGGCUCUCAGUACUCGGCGCUCUGUGAGUGAUAGGCCUCGUGGCUCCUCGCAAGAGUUCAGUGAAUCACAAGAGGACUUGGUGCUUUUUCGGGGUUUCCGCACGGUCAAUGGCCCUGAGAGACAGCCUUCGGUCCCACCAAGCACCCAACGAGCUCAACAGGAUGAGGGCUUUGCUCGAUUUCUGAAGAAGCACUCGUCUCCAACUCACCAACGAGUGACUGCGGGAGGUCGCAUUGUCCCAAUGGAACAUCGUCCACGCCCACCAUCGUUCACAUUGGCACAGUCCAAGCAAAUCAAAGAGGCCGAGCCUGCAAACGGUGUGGACGGCCAUGUCGAGCACUCCGACGACGCUGCGAAAAAGGAGCCAAAAGAGUUGAGAACCCAUUUCAAGCCCUCCGCGGAAGGUGCAGAGGGUCAGUUCAUGCAGCCUCCGCUUCCCGUCCUUGAUAACCGGAACAUGAUGUCUGGACCCUUUAUCAACAACAUGAUAACCACGGCAGAUACCUUUGCGGUUGAUGCUCAUCGCCUGCAAACACCGUUCUAUAACGGAAUCAUGGCCACCCCAACGUUUCCGAACAUGUAUGACCCGUUUGGUUUUGCACCAGGCCAGAUGUAUCCAGCUGCAACAAUGCCUCACAAUGCACCCUUGACUGGCUUCGGCGGUAACAUCGAGCCUCAAUAUCAAAUGCCGUUGCUCCCUGCGCCAGAUGCCACUUGUGUGCCUGCCACGGACGCGUUGUCGAAAGACCAACGUCCACAGUCAACCCCUGAAGACCUGCAUUCCCGUAACAUGUUGCAGGAAGCUAUCAAUCGCUUUGAUGAUCUCGACCAGCAACUCAAGAGCCUUGACCGCCAGCGAGCGAUGAGUGAGCGCGAUCCUCAAGUUGUAAGCCAACGUAUGGCCAUCGUCGGAUUGCGUGCAGAUGCAAAAGCCAGCAUGAACUACUGGACCUCGGUCGUCGAGAACAAGCUCAAAGCUCUGGGUCGGAAGUGUGCAGAAGCAGAUGGUACCGCCCAUACUUUCAACGUGGAAGCCGCUGAUUAUGUCCCGCUGAAUGCGGGUAAUCAAGCCAUCAGCAACACAUACAGCAACUAUCGGCCAGCUCCCGGAUUGAAGGCACCUCCGAAGCGCGGCCAUCGUCGAAUUCCCAUUGUUGCUCCUCGAAAGGACUCUUCCGGAAACUCGAAGAGCAAUCAAGGCACAGAGACUGUGUUCGUUGAGGUCGAUGAAUGGGGUGCUCGCAUUGGUGAUCCGCCGGAUGACAUUCAACUUGAGCAGAGCAAGAUGUUAUUGGAGCUAGACCGUGAGCUAAGCAUUUCCCCCAACAAUUCAUGCAACAGCUCUGGCUCAGGAAGUGGAACUGGACUGAGCGCUGCUGUGACCUCGAAAUCGUCUCCAGACAAGAACAACCUUGGACAAGUCAUCCCAGAACAGAAAGAUUCGACGCGCUGUGGCAACAGCGAGUGGCUUCCGACCAAAACUGAAGACGCACCGUCAACGGUUGAAGCAUUUUAUGAAGUGCAACUCGAUGCAAUGCGCCUUCCUGUUGGAUUCACCACUACGGUGAGACUGCCAGAUGGUUCAACCAGCGUGAUUGCGGGUCAAGGUCUCCGACGCCCGCCUUCUGGCAAGAUGGAUGAUUUUGAACGAGGUUACUGGACCAAGAAGCCCGAGCUGUCCUCGAACAUGGCAGCCAACUUUGUCAAUAUCACCGCGGAUGCGGGAGCUGGUCAGAUCGAUCGAGAUAACCGCAAGGAAAACGCCAUGGUUGAUACAGGAUCGGGAUUUCCGCAGGGAGGCCCAUCCCACUGGGCUAUUCCACAAAGUGCCGUUGCUCGAGGCUUCAAACCUCCGCGAUUUGGACGGAAUGCCUACACCUCAGUCACUGGAGCGUCAACCUCGUCGGACACUGCACUGUCCAGCAUUCCUACCAUUACCUCACCUGUGCGUUUGUCACGAGACAAAGCAGGCUGGUCGGCAAGUGAAUUUCCCAAGACUGCUCGUGAGAGUCCCUACGAUGCAACGAAUAUCAAGGGCUACUCCUCAGUGUCGGUCCAGAAUAUUCACGCCAUGGUUCGUUUGCCAAACACGGUGGGAGAGUCGACUGACAUGCAGCGACGGUCCGCCGUAUCGUUGCUUUCAGCAGCUGGCAAGGCUCGCAGUCCUGAGUCUGGUCGGAUCCCGACUGGUCCUCGGAAUAGGUUUCACAAUAAUCCUCAGGGCCGCAAUGGUGGUGGCGUUAUGCUGCCAGCUGAAAACAUCUUCCGACCUCAAGCCGCCAAGCACGAGAAUAUGUGA